AUGGGUGAUAAGAGAAUUCCUAGAGCUGCUUAAAAUUUAAGUGAUUCUGAAGAUGAUGAUUUGGAUUAAUUUGGAGAGAGAGUAUAUAUAAAAGAUCCUUUUGAAGAAGAGGAUACUGAUGUAGUUGAAGAAGAGAGAUAUUUAAAUAUUGAAGAAUGUAGAGGAAAAUUAAAUGAAAGGAUUAAGGAUGAUAGAACAAGUAUUAAUUAUUUAUUAAGUUUAUAGAGGCUUUGAUUAAGAGAGCAUUUAGAAAGAUUUUAAAUAAAUGUAAAAGAGGAUCUGAAUAAGAACCAAUUUAUAUUUAGUUGAUAAAAGAAAUGUGUAAAGCAAAUAAAUAGUCACUUGAAGUUUUAUAUCCUGAUUUAGUGAAGGCUAAUGCUACUAUUGCAUUAUGGGUUGCAGAAGACCAAAGAUUAUUUUACCUCAUUUAAAUGAAGCUGCAAGAAUUGAAGUUAAUAAGAGAUUUAAUCAUUAUCAUAAUUUUAAUUGAGAAAUAUUUGUUAGAAUUACACAUCUUCCUGUGGUGGAUAUUAUUAGAGAUUUAAGAUAUAAACAUUUAGAUAAAUUUAUUCUUGUAAUUGGUGUUGUUACAAGAAGAAGUGCUGUGUAUUCUUAAUUAAAAUAGAUUACAUAUAUUUGUGUUAAAUGUGGAAUGAAAUAAGGCCAUUUUAUUUAGAAAAUAAUGAUAGCAUAUAAUUAGGAGUUUGUAUUUAAUAUUAAAGUAGUGGUCCAUUUGAAAAACUACAUAAUUAAUUAGUUUAUAGAAACUUUUUAAGAUUAACACUCCAAGAAUCACCUGGUUAAGUACCAGCAGGAAGAGUACCUAGAUAAAAAGAAGUUAUUGUUUUAGGAGACUAAAUUGAUAUUACAAGACCUGGAGAUGAAAUUGAAGUAACAGGAGUUUAUACUUAAAGAUAUGAUUAUGCUCUUAAUGUAAACCAUGGAUUUCCAUUAUAUUCUACAAUUAUUGCAAGUAAUUAUAUUAGAAGAAAAUCGAAAGUGAAUCUUUAAGUAUAGAUAAAAAAAUUAAAGAUGAAAUCUUAAAAUUAUCAUAAAAUCCUAAAAUUGAUAAAUUAAGAUAUAAUUCUGUUGCUCCAUUAAUUUAUAGUCAUCAACAUGUUAAAAUGGCUAUAAAUUUGCUAUGUUUGGAGGUGAAGCUAAAGAUAUCUAAGGAAAGCAUAGAAUUAGAGGAGUUAUUAAUGUAUUAGUAUUAGGAGAUCCAGGUACUGCUAAAUCGUAAUUCUUAAAAAAUGUACAAAAAACAUUCUAUAGAUCAAUGUAUACAACAGGUAAGGGUGCUUCUGCUGUUGGUUUAACGGCUUCUGUUUUAAGAGAUUAUUCAACAAAUGAAUGGAGUAUAUCUAGAGGAGCAUUAGUCUUAGCAGAUAUAAAAAUUUGUUUAAUUGAUGAAUUUGAUAAAAUGAAUGAACAUGAUAGGACAUCUAUUCAUGAAGCAAUGGAAUAAUAAAGUAUUUCUAUAUCAAAAGCUGGUAUUGUUACAAGACUUCAAGCUAGAUGUCAUAAUAAUCUUUUCAUGAUAAUGUUGAUUUAACUGAUCCAAUUUUAAGUAGAUUUGAUAUUUUAUGUGUUGUUAAAGAUGAAGUUAUUAAAGAAGCAGAUAGAUUAGCUUCAUUUGUUAUUAUUAUUCAUAUUAGACAACAUCCUAUGGCUGCAUAUGAAUUAAAUAAUGAUCCUAUUUCAGAAUGGAGUUAAUAAAUAAAAAGUUAUUUUGUUAAUGAGAAUAAAUAAACUCAAGAUGAAAUAAUACCACUAGAAUUACUUAAAAAAUAUAAAUUAUAUGCUUGACACAUGUUAGAUCAAAAUUAUAAAAUGUAGAUCAUGA